AAACUGGUUUCCGACCCAAAGCCGCUUAUAGAACUCGAAAAAAAACGACAGUAUAUAAUGAAAAUUAUAUAUUAAUGAAACAGUUUGCGCUAAUUUGUGAUUUUUAAGUAAUAUUUAAUGUGACGAAAGGUGCGGCGAGAGAUGCGAUCAUAAUUAGUGGAGGCCGUUCAGAUGUCGGAGACGUUCUAAUCAAUAUUUUGUACGGAUGUCGUUUUGUCUACGUCUGAUAGACACAUAUUGAUAGUCGAUUCGCUGCCGCCUCUUCUAUUAGCUGGACGAUGAAGCAAGCCACCAGAGAAUUUGUUUUUGGGCUUUAGGAAUUUAUUUAAAUAUAUAUAUAUAUAUAUUUAUACACAUACAUAUAUAUUCAUUUGUGAGUUUCUAUAAAAACAAUAGAGACGAGUAAAACAUAAACCGUUAAUUAGCAUAGAGCACCCCAUUAUAGUGUUCCAUUCGAUAGUUUUUCGUAUAAAAACUUGAUACCUCGAUGCCAGCAACAACAGAUCAACUCAGCCUACAGACCCUAAACAUGAAGUUCUGCGUUAUCGCUUUGGCUUUGGUCGGCCUAGUGGCCGCCGAUGUAAGUCACCUGCUCAACGUGGGACAAGGCUCUGGCUAUGCCUAUGGCAGCUCCUCCGCAUCCUCAUCUGCAUCCUCAUCCUCGUCGGCCCCAGCAGUCCUGCCCGGUAGUGAUUCCAGCAGCUACACACCAGCUCAUUUGAAUUAUCAAAAUCAGCAAGGAGCUGCCGCACAGCUCAUUGUCGGUGCAGACAACAGCAGCUACCAGCCCGCUCAUUUGAUUCCUCAGAAUCAGCAAGAAGCUACCGGACAGGUCGUUAUCGGCGUGGACACCAGUAGCUCAUCGGCCCCAGCUGUACUGCCCGGUAGUGACCCCAGCAGCUACACACCAGCUCAUUUGCUUCCUCAGAAUCAACAAGCUCAAGUCAUUGUCGGUGCAGACACCAGCAGCUACCAGCCCGCUCAUUUGAUUCCUCAGAAUCAGCAAGGAGCUACCGGACAGGUUGUUAUCAAUGUGGACACCAGCAGCUCAACGGCCCCAGCAGUCCUGCCUGGUAGUGAUUCCAGCAGCUACCAGCCCGCUCAUUUGAUUCCUCAGAAUCAGCAAGCAUCUACCGCACAGCUCAUUGUCGGUGCAGAUACCAGCAGCUACCAGCCAGCUCAUUUGAUCCCUCAGAAUCUGGGAUCAGUCUCAAGUUCAGUGCAGACACAGUCGUUCAACAUUGGCGCCAAUACCUAUACACCGCAACAGUUCAUUACUCAGGGCGAUCGCGUUGCCCACGUUACCUACGGCGUGCCGAAGGCGCCGAUUGCCAUUGGUGCCAAUACCGUCACACCUGCCCAUCUAUACCAGGAGCCCACAUCGAAUGGCAUUGAGGAAUCCAACGUAGCCAACAACAAGAUUGUAUCCGCUCUUGUCCAGCCCACAUACACGGCUCAGGCUGCCUCUUCAAGUGGCUCCGCCAGCUAUGGCACACAGUACGGCUCCAACGGCGGCUAUGUUUACUAAGCUGCUUAGCUUUUUCCAUAUUUGUCUCUCUCUCCUUCUACAUCUAUGUUCCUUCUCCUAUUUGUGAAUAAUAAAUAUUCAUAACGAAAUCUA